AUAGAUAGACGCGCGCGCAGAAGACUUAGAGACCCAUGACUGCGCAUCUGCUGUCUGUCUGCACACGAGAAACUUCAGCGUAAUGUCAGCUGACGCAGGACAAUAACACAGAUAUCUCAUCUCACAAUAACACAGACAUCUUGAGAAUAACGCGAAGAAUAACACGGACAUCUCGAGACUCGGCUCAGUGUUGGAGAUGAGCGCUGCGCAACAUUCAUGCACAGCAGAAAGUGAGCUCUGGUCACAUGUAACUGUAGUUCAGGGGACAGAUCCACGAUGUUGACCGGUGCGGCGCUCCAGAGUCUCGUGCUGGCAGCGGUGUGUCUUUCCAGCUGGGCCGUCCCGCUCAGAAACAUCACUUCAUCAGAAGAGGACAGAAGAACAGAAUCAAACACACCUUCACUUGAGCCGCCUGAAGUCUCUUCUGAGCGUUCGCUCUCCUCCUUCAGCAGUCGUGUCCACGAGGCGUUGGGUGGCGUGACGGCUGUAGAUGGUGAGGACAGAACGCUCCGCUGGGACUCUUCAUAUCACACACGGACAGCAGACGGACAGCAGACCAAAGCCCUUCCAGAAGAAUCUCUCUCAGCGGCAGCAGAUCUGUCCCCCACAGAGCCCUCUCCAUCACCUGACCGACCCUCAGAGACCACAGACCACAUCCAGCCGGAGAGCACACCCGAACCAGAGGAGGAAACAUCUCUGAACAUCAGCGGCGGAUCAGCCGUCCGUCUCCUGACGUCCAGAGCCGUGGAGGUUACUGAUGUCUGGACGGAAGCGCUUCAUCUGCAGACAGAGGCUGUGAACGUCGAGCCGUCGUCUCAGGAUCUGCUCACAGACGCCACCAUGUCCUCUGAAGACCUGCCGUUGAUCUUUGAGCCCUUUGAGGACGUCACACCGGCGAGAAACUCAGCGCUGGCAUCCCGACUGUCUGUCGCCGUGGCGCCCACAGCUGUAACCGCGGAAGAUGCUGAGCUUAUGGUCUCCAUGGAUACAGAGCACACGUCCUCUCUCUCGGGACUGCUGGACUGGCCCUCGUCAUGGCAGACGUCACAAACGCAGAACAAGACGACAGAGCAUGAUGGGAAGACCGAAAAUGAUGACCUCGCCCAGAGGAUGACUGCCACAUCAUCUGACGUCGUUCCGAUCCCAAAGACAGACACAGAAGAUGUGGAGUCUAAAGAGGAGGCAGAUGAAGACGAGGAAGACGAUGGGAUGGAUUCUGAUGAAGAAGAGAGCGAAGAGGACCUAACAGAAACCAGCAUGACGCCUCCCAGCCGUCCCCCCUACAGCCUCAUACCUCCUCCUCCGGUCUGGAUGCAGGGGAACCACGGCCUGGUACGCAGCUGGGUUGAACUCAUCAGAGAGAAGGCCGGUUACGUGUCGGGCAUGUUGGCACCCGUCGGCAUCGGACUGGCCGGAGCUCUUCUGCUGGUGGGCGCUCUGUACAGCAUCAGACUCAUUCAUCGCAGGAGGAGAGAAAACGUCAAACAUCAGAGAAGCAGGCCUCCCAGAGAAGUGCGGAGCGGACCGGACAAUGCCAUGCUGCUGGCUGACAGCUCAGAGGAUGAGUUCUGAUCUCGUGAACUUCACAUCAACCUUGAUUCUCACUUUUAUCUGUUGUUCGGGUUCAGUGUUUCUUUGAUAUAGGAUUUGUUUUCAGGUUGAUUGUAAAUGAAGAAAACAAGAAUCUCAGUAUAUUUCUCUGCUAUAUGAACUUGUGAUUUGUUUUCGGUCAUUUAAAACCAGUACACGCAUCACCUCUUCUGCAUUUAUCUGCCUCGUGUUCUUCUGAUGUGAUGUUGAAAUGAGUUCAAGUCAAAUAUAAACUUUCAUUGUAAAUACACGUCAAGUCUGUUUUAACAGCUGUCAUCCAAACACAGACGGCAAGAAUGGAAUAUAAUUAUAAGCAUUCGGUUUUUCCUUCUACAUCAUUCCUCCACAACUUCCAUCUGUGUUAUUUCAUCAUUCUGAAGUGUAGCGAGUCAAAUAAAACAAAGCAUCGCCUGUAAUUCAUUUGUAGAUGUUUUUUCUCAUGAAAGCUCAAGUCUACCUAACAGCAUCUGCAUUUUAUGAAUAUGUCAAUUUGUAAAUGAAUUUGUCUUGUUUGAUGAUGAG